AUGGCAGAGUUUCUAGUGAUCUCUGAGAGCAUAGUUCGACCGGAGAGCUACGACGAAGGAUCGGGUCGGGUUAAGAUCCAUCUCACUCCAUGGGAUCUCUUCUUUCUUCGAUCCGAAUACCCACAAAGGGGACUGCUCUUUCCACAACCCGACCCGGAAACCGAUUUCAUCGCUCGACUGGAAUCCUCUCUUUCACUCGCGUUGAAGGUUUUCUACCCAUUCGCGGGUCGUCUGCUCAAGACCGACAACGAUGAGGAUUCAACGGCGUCGUUUUGCGUCGAUUGCGAUGGUUCAGGUGUCAAAUUCGUCCAUGCUUCAGCUAAAGCCGUCUCGGUGAGUGAUGUUUUGGAACCGGAAGGUGGUAACGUCCCCGGUUUCAUACGUAGUUUUUUCCCGGCGAACGGAGUUAGGAGCAGCGAAGGAAUCUCGGAAUCGUUGAUCGCGUUUCAAGUAACGGAGUUGAAAGAUGGAGUUUUCAUCGGAUUUGGUUACAACCAUAUGAUUGCCGAUGGAUCUUCGUUCUGGAGUUUCUUCAACACUUGGUCGGAUAUUUGCUCCACCGGGUUCGACCGGAAAAAUUUCCCACCUUUGCUUCUCCGCGGGUGGUUUCUCGACGGGAUUGAUUACCCGAUUCGAGUUCCGAUCUCGGAGACGGUAUCACCGGUUCGGAUUGUUAAUUCAUCCUCACCCGAUUUACAAGAGAAGGUUUUCCGAUUCACGAGUAGAAACAUCUCUGAGCUAAAAUCCAAAGCCAACGGAGAGGUUAGUUCAGAUGACCGGAAAAUCUCGUCGCUUCAAGCGAUUUCGGCGCAUAUGUGGCGAUCGAUAAUCAGAAACAGUGAUUUGAAACCAGAGCAAGGGAUUCAUUGCAAGUUACUGAUGGAUAUGAGACGAAGACUAAACCCUCCGCUCGAGAAAGAGUGUUUCGGGAACGUGGUUGGAUUCGCGACGGCGACGACAACCGCCGGAGAAAUGCUUAACAACGGGCUGGGUUGGGCUGGUUUGCAAAUAAACAAAGCUGUGGGGUCACAAACGAAUGAAGAAUUCAGAGAGUUUGCUGAGGAUUGGGUGAAGAAACCGAAGAUACCGCAUAACGUGGCAGUGAGUAAUUCGAUCGUUGUUGCGAGCUCUCCUUGGUUCAAUGUGUAUGGAAAUGAUUUCGGUUGGGGUAAACCGAUUGCGGUUCGAGCUGGACCGGGGAAUACCAGCGAUGGUAAACUCAUUGUUUACCCGGGGGUAGAAGAAGGAAACAUCGAGAUUCAGACGUGUUUAUCGCCUCGCGUUUUGGAGAAACUAUCGAAUGAUGCAGAGUUUUUGAAGCAUGCAUGCGUUGUUGUAUAA